CGCUCUCUCCUUCACUCUCUGCUAUCGCCUCUGCAGCUCCAUUUCGGUUUCUAGUUCUCCAGAAACCCUAAUUUCCCCCCCCGCAACACAACCAUGGCUGACAGAGCUCCGGGAGACAGACCACCGCGCAGAGGCUUCGGAGACCGCGGACGUGGCGACAGAGGCAGGGGCCGCCGACGCGGGCGUCGCGAUGAGGAAGAGAAGUGGGUUCCGGUCACCAAGCUCGGCCGGCUCGUGAGGGAGGGCAAAAUCAAAUCCCUGGAGCAAAUCUAUCUCCACUCGCUGCCGAUCAAGGAGUACCAGAUCAUCGACACUCUCGUCGGUCCUGGAGUGCUGAAGGAUGAGGUCAUGAAGAUCUCCCCUGUCCAGAAGCAGACUCGCGCCGGUCAGAGGACCAGGUUCAAGGCCUUUGUCGUCGUCGGCGACGGGAACGGCCAUGUGGGGCUGGGCGUGAAGUGCUCGAAGGAGGUUGCUACUGCUAUUCGUGGCGCCAUCAUUCUGGCUAAGCUGUCUGUGAUCCCGGUGAGGAGGGGUUACUGGGGGAACAAGAUCGGGUUGCCUCAUACUGUGCCGUGCAAGGUGACCGGGAAGUGUGGUUCCGUCACCGUGAGGAUGGUUCCGGCUCCUCGUGGCGCUGGGAUUGUGGCUGCUAGGGUGCCGAAGAAGGUUCUGCAGUUUGCUGGGAUUGAGGAUGUGUUUACUUCCUCCCGUGGGUCUACCAAGACUCUUGGCAACUUCGUCAAGGCCACAUUCGACUGCCUGUUGAAGACCUAUGGUUUCUUGACACCUGAUUUCUGGAAGGAUACCCGUUUCACCAAGUCACCAUUCCAAGAGUUCACUGAUCUCUUGGGAAAGCCAACCAAGGCACUCAUCCUUGAGGAUGUCGUACCAGAAGCUUGAUUCUUCUUCGUAUGAUCGAGCAAAGACAGUAGUAGCUGAAUGUUUAGAUUUUGUCUUGAGAACUCCAAUCUUGUUAUCACUUUGGUUUUGUUCUUCAUUUGGCCAUGACAUGAUUUUUGCAAUACUUUUUUGAGACUCUUGUGUUAAAUGGCGACCUUAUUUCAGUAAAUUUAAGGCUUUGUUCUGCAUUUACUCUUUGUUUAAGCAUACUAUCCUAUUAUGGUUCCUACUUGAUUAUGUCUAUGUUCAUAAUGUAUGUAUAUGGUGUUCAUUUCGUAGGCCUGGGUCCAAGCUUGCAUGUCAUGAAAUGUGUAGAAGUAGAAAAAAGAAUGUAUGAAUUUAACAUGAAACUAGGUUGGACUGAAUGCUCGAAAUAUGUAUGAUUCAAAAGGAUUUCAACUACUUCCAAGUUGCAACCCUCAUGAUUUCAGCUCUUCACAAUCUGUAUGUGUUGCUAAUGUAUAAUUCCUAUAUAUUAGAGAUCAUUUAUGAAGUGUUAACUUGGUUAGUAGUAUGUGGUUAAGCCCAAAAGACUUUCAAAGCAUAAGAAAAGAAAAGUAAAGAGAAUCAAGGAAGUACAUUGUCAAAUCUUAUUCUCCAAAAUGUGCUGAUAAGAUAUUGGAGAAAACUAAUUAUUAAUAUUGAGAUAUUUAUUCUAGCAAAAAAUUGCCUUUUCCUCAUAAAAUUAUCAUAAUUGGUUCAAUAAUUUCAAUAUGGGCAGCCAUGCCAAUCGAAUUGGCAAGUUUAGGUGAGUAAAUAAUAAUAAACUAAGAGUGCGUGAAAAUAGAAUAUCUAUUGAGAUUUAACAUCUUUACCUCUAAUAUAGGUUCUGCAACUAUUUUUCAACAUCAAAAUUUCGCUUGACAAUAUUGUAGCUGUCAAUCCUUAUUCUCGUACCGAUUAACCAAAACGACCAUCAUUAGGUGGCUAAUAGUGAAUAAACUCUUCUCCGUCUAAGUUGUCCCUGCCCAUUAGCUCUACUAAUCAAUUUUAUAUCCCAAAAACUUCAAAAGUGCAUAAGAAGGGUCCUAAUUAAGAAGCCUCAUCUAUUACCCUCGUUGUCAGAGCUCAAAAGGUCCGAACGAUAUUGCAAAUAGAAAGGAUGAAAAGACAAUAGUCAUAUGAAUAUUAUUAUUAAGAAUACCACUAAAAUCAUUUAUUAGACUCCAUCAAUCCCUAAUUCUUCAAAAGCUUUAAAGCAACAAAAAGUUGUAAUUAAACAUUACUAAAACUAGAAUCCAUAUAUCUUACAAAGAAAGAGUCACAUGUGAGUCCAACAUGUGGAUGCACGAAGGUUAGGCUUGAGAAAAAAAAUUAUCGAAUCCCAAGUGAUAAUUUCAGCUUUGAGGGGAAAUACGUAAGGAGCAUAUGUACAAAAAUCAAAUGAAUAUUCAGAAUAUGA